CCCUAUAGCUCAAGCAUGUGCAGUGAGCUUCUGAGCUUUCUUUGAACUCUCUCUUCGGGUUUUGAGCGACGAUGUGGGUCGUUUCGCGUUGUGCCGUGGUUGCACUCUUUUGUGUGUUGCUAGUUGGUGCCGUCGUCGGAGACGCCGAUGGCGUCAAAGACGAGAAGCACUUGUUUCGAGGUGGUCUAGGGCAUGGGAUUUACGGGAAGGGUUUUAGGCACGGGGGGUUUGGUGGAGGCGGUCUUGGAGGAGGAUAUGGCGGUGGUGGGGGCUUAGGGGGUGGAGGUGGACUUGGAGGUGGGGCCGGCGGGGGUGCUGGAGGAGGCUUUGGUGGUGGGGGUGGCUUAGGCGGAGGUGCCGGUGGUGGUGCAGGAGGCGGCUUUGGCGGUGGCGCGGGAGGUGGUGGAGGUCUUGGCAGCGGUGCGGGCGGCGGAGGUGGAUUUGGUGGUGGCGGGGGCGCCGGUGGAGGUGCUGGUGGAGGAGUAGGUGGCGGAGGGGGCAGUGGCUUUGGCGGAGGACGCAAAACAUUGCAUCCAUGAGCUUAACGUGGUAUAAUAGAAGGGGGCAGCAUGCAAUGACGCAUGGGACAUUUGGGUUUUCUUUUUCCCUUCGAAUUUGCUUUCGUUGUCUAAUUAAGGAAGUGUGUCGUGUGAAGAGAAAGUUCUUAAAUGAAGUCAGUUGCUUUCAGAACAGUCCUUAUCAUCUUUGUGUUGCAUAUGUAUAAUUUCACUAUAUUUGCCAAGAAAGUCUUCGAGCCAAUUUAAAUGUUUCAUCUUAUCAAA